AUGGCCGAGCAACCUGAUUUCACAGCAGCAGCCAACGGGCUAGCAAUUGCGGCUACACAAAUUCAGAAAAUGCAAAACCUUCCAGUGAUUAAUGUGGCCGCUCAACUCAACCGAAUGGAAGAACAUAUGCUACGAAUGGAAGAAUGUAUGCUACGGAUGGAAGAACGUAUCCUGCGUGAGUUUCGUGGACUUCGUGCAGACUUUACUCGAGCAGACAACAAUAACUUCGCAAGAAUGAUUAAUUCGAAAGUCACCAAUGAUGCCACGGCCUUGGAAGCACUACUUGGUCGAGACGGUCAACCAAUUCAAAACUUUCCGGCGACAACUGCCCAGAUUCAUGAGUUGGAUAGUACAGCUAUCAACAAUCUUCUCGUCGCUUUCGGUUUGCCAGUGGGUGGCAGGAUCAAUGAGCGAAAGAACAGAUUUCGUCGACAUAUUGGGUUGACUGUCUUGUGA